AUGUCGAAUUUUUCUUCCCCAAAGCAGUCUUCUUCGAGUCUGCAGAAUUCGUUUUUGGCGGCCUUGGGGAAAGCAGAUUUAGAUCUGCAGCACGCUGAGCUAAUAAUUCAAUCGGUUUUUGAAACAGAUUCUUCAUCCUUACCAAUUUUUGAAGAAAAGUUCAAUUCAAAGAUCCACAAACUGAUAAGAUCGAAUAAAUGCCCAAUUUUCUAUACAGAUUCGAUCAAAAAAGAUGAAGAUAAUGUAAAAGUCCAAAAAUUCAUGGAUAUACUUAAUAUUUUUCACUUCGUUUUAGAACCAGAAGAUGCUAAAAUACUAUUUGCAGAUAAAAAUGUCCAUUUAAAUGCAAUAAUUAAAUUAAUAUAUUCAAAUUUAUUGCAUUACAAUGAAAAGAAAUCAAAAUACUUCAACGAAUUGUUUUAUAUUGUCAAGUCACACCUUACUGGCUAUCUAAAUUCUUUUGUUGUCACUCAAGAUUCGAUAAAUCAAACAUCUCUUACGACAAUUCAAACAAUAUUCAAUAUUUUCUGCAUAACAGAGCGAAACGAAGUGAAGUACAGGUCAUAUGUCCAUGAUUUUACCCAAAAAUUACUUGCAAAACACGAUGAACUCGUAAAUUCAAAGGCAAACUUGAAUUACUUCAACAUGCUGCUAUACAUAGCCAACAAUAUAUCAAAAUACGAGCCAACGAAGUCAUUUGAAUACUUAAUUAUAAUUUUUGAUAAUAUACCAAAGACAAACUCAUCAUUAUUCAUCGAAUUGUCAUCAUCGAUCGUCAAUGUUCUACGAAAACUUGAUUUCCAAGCUCUUUCCCAACAAAUUUUCACAAUUUUUUACCAAAUUUCUGCAGAUUUUCCGAUAACAACCGCCAAUUCAUUACAAAUCUGUAUUUUGUCACAAGAAAUUUCAACUUUACUCACAAAAAAUAAACUUUUGAAACAAAAACAUUUGAAUCAAUUAUUAACUUUAUUAAAUCGAAUAAUACAUGCUGAUAUAGGUAUAACAAAGAAGAUGGACUGUUUUAUGCUCAUUUCCGAUAAAAUUUUCUCCAAAUUAAAUUAUCAAAAUAAUAAAAUCGAAAAAUUUUACAUUUUAGAGAAUGUAUUACCUUGUAUUAUGAUUAUAUGUGAUGAGAUGACACCUUACAAGUUCCAAAACAAUACAGUUUUCACUGAAAUUUGUUCCGAAUUCAACAAUUUUUCAGAAAAUUUAAAUUUCUUCAAAAAUUUUGUGUUUUCUUUGACAAAUUUGCUCGGCAACAUCAUCAAAACAAACACAGAUAAUGUAAACUACAAGGUAACAUGGAAUAUGAAAGGUUUUCAGUUAGAUUUGUUGAAAAAUACAAUUUUGAAAUUAUUAAAACGAUACAACACGAUUUGCAACGAUUAUACGUCAUUCUACAAGGGUAUAACACACUUAGAUCAUCCUAAAACUGAUCCACAGUAUUAUCUUUACGCUGCAAAAAAUUAUGAUAUCAAAAUCACAGCAAAAACAUGUUUAAUUGAUUACAAUGUUACAUCAAACAACAUUAUAUCAUUUGUAUCUGAUUCUCCUGAUGAUUUUAGGUCGUUUUUGGCUUCAGAAUUUUUAAAUUAUUUAAUUCAGUCAAAAACCGAAAUUAGUUUUGCCGUUGAACAGAUAUUGUUCAAUAACUGCUUCGUUGGAUAUUUUUUUGAUACUUUAAUUGAGAAUUUUUCGAAAAUUGAAAUAUUUAAUCAAAUAAUUUCAGUUUUAUCGCCAUCUAUGACUGAAAUGAAGAAAUAUUCGAGCGAACACACCAUGUACUGCGAUAAAAUCAAGGAAGUUCUGCUCAAAAUCAUUGAAAAUAUUCAAAAUACGUUUCAAUACAAAGAAAUCUUCAAUUUUCUCAUAGAUUUCAUUGAAUAUGCCAUUGCCGCUGGAUGUUCUGCAGAGGAGAUCAUUUCUGAAUCGUUUAUUGGUAAGUUAUUUAAUUAUUCUCAUAUAACUUAUCCAAAAUCAGCCGAAUACCUUCAUUUCCUUGAGUUCUGUGUCACAAAGAACAAGGAAAUUGUGUCUGUUGACAGUUUUGUUGAGAAAAUCAUCUUUUUCAUGCCGAAUAAUUUGGAAAAAUGUCUUGAAAUACUCAAAGAAACCUCUUUUUCAACGGAUUAUUUCGCAAACAGGAAGUUCUUCAUGGAAAUGGCCAACAUUUUGUACCAUCAACUCCCUAUUUGUUCAAUUCCAACGAGAACAUUCAUUGUUCAGGUCAUUCGGACAUUGACACCUAAACAGUUCAAUGAUCUCUCAACAAUUCCUAUGAAUAUUGAUGAAAAAGUCACUUUUUCGUUAAAUAAUUUUGGAUAUUCGGCCACAACCGACACAGAAACCUUUAUCGUUGGCUUGAUUGAAUCUACAAUGAGCAAAACAACAAAGUUUACUAAUGAUUUGUUCCAAAAUGUCAUAAUUGAAUUAUUUUCUCAUUCAUUAAUGAACAAAAGGUCGAAAUUCAUCUCCUACAUACUCAUUGAUGGACUAAUUAAGAAGAUGGCCACACAAAACUUUGAUAUUUCUGAUAUUUACACGAAAAUAUUAUCAAAAUCAAUUUUUGUGGCUGAUCUACUGUUUUCUGUCUUCUCAAACAACUACGAUCCACAGAAACUCCCUGUAUUCCAGUUGUUUGACACAGAAGAAGGAAUUUCUUCGGUGAUAUUUGAUUUAAUUUUGUUAUUUGAGUUUUAUCCAUAUCACAACGGCUAUUUCGCCCUUAAAAUAGCCGAAUACUUGGGAUAUAUCAUCAACCAGCGCAAAUUCAAAUGUCCACCGUUCAUAGAUUUCGUAAAUUCCCAUGUCAUCCCAUUUUCUUCGACAAACGUGCCAUUGAAGAUUAAAGAAGACGAAAUCUUCAAAGAAAUUUUCUGUUUCGACGAAAAAAUCCAAGAAAUUUUUCGAAUUUCGAGAGAAAUUUCGUUUAGAAGCGAAAAUAACAAUAAUGAACUGAAACUAUUGAUUGCUCAGGAGUCAUUAGAGAACAGACUGUAUUUAACAUACUGUAUCAACAAAGAAACAACGAAUUCUGAAGAAAUUAUUUCAGAUUUACUUCAAGAAGGGAAAUUUGAGACUGCAGGAUUAUUACUUAGGUUGUAUAAUAACACAAAUACAAAUAUUGACUUGAAUCAGUUCACGAAACAACAAAUUUCCAGCAAAUCUGAUUCAAUAUCUUAUUAUAUUUCAAUUUCUAAUGAUUUGACAGGAGAUUUCUUAGAAAACAUAAUGCCAAUAAUAGAAAACACGAUAACAAAAGGUUGUCCGAUCAAACAGAUUCAAUCUACAAUUUUAUUGAAUAAUUUGAAAAAUUUUGAUAAGAUUUCUUUUGUUAAAUCAAUGAUUGAACCAAAUAACAUUGAUAGAAACAUGAUAUUAUAUAGAGUUGAUAAGUAUUCAGUUGCAAAUCAGUUAAUUGAAGAAUUUAAUUCUCUAAAUUUCGAAAAAAAUCAAGAAAAAUUUGUUAAAAAUCUGACAAAUGUUAUUAUUAACUCAGAUGUAACAAACUACUUGUCAGAAAUACAUACAACAAAUCAUUUACACAAAUUAAUUGAAAUUUGUGAAGUUUACAACGGUUUUUCAGAAAAUUUGACUUCAUUUUUGAAUUCUAAUCCACUAUUAUCAUAUGAGUAUUUCGACAACAGUCUAAACGAGUUUGAUCAAUGCUACAAAGUCUAUAAAUUGACAGAGAACAAAAUAUUUAAAGAAAAAUUACAAAAAAUUUUGGAAAAUUUACACAAAAAUUUCAAAGAAAAAAUUGACGAAAAAAGUGUCAUGUUUUUAUUAAUUUACACUGAAUUAAAACAAGAUAUAUAUGAUCACAAGGAUGAUACAAUAUUAAGACUGAUUUAUCCAUCAAUUCUCAAAGUUUUAAUUAAGAAAAUUUCAAUUUUUUCUUCAAAAGAUUUAUUACAACUUUUGGAGUUUUAUCACAACAAAUUUUUCAUUGGAAUUUAUGAACUGGUAAAUUUAAUUUUAGAGAAAUCCGAACCUGUUUUUGUAGAUUCCAUGGAACAAUUCAUAUCAAACAACUGCUCAACAAAUAGAUACAGAGCUAAUGAUAUAAUUUCUUUCAUCUCUAACCUAAAAAUACAAAAAACUAAACUGUUUUUGUGUUUUUUGGCAAAAAGUGUCUACAAAUAUGACAUCAAAAAAUACAUCAAACAUCAAUUCCAAGAUUUUCCAUUUUUCUCAAUCCAAACACUCAUAAAAAACGAAAUGCAAGAUAAAGCAGGUGGUUCUUUUGAUAGAUUAUUCACUUCACUUCACUUUUAUAUAGACGAUAACGCUUUAACCGCUUUGUCAAAUUCUCGGAUAUGGAAUUCAUACAAAACUGAAUCUUUACAAAAAUUUUUAUCUGUUUAUUAUAAUUUUUGUUAUUAUCCGAACAUUGUUUUGAAAUUAUUUGAAAUGAUACAAGAAGACAAAUACGAAACGUAUCAUUUAGAUGUUUUCAAAGAAAUGAUUUUAAAUCAAGUUUUGAUCAUAAGAUCGAAUGAAAACAAUUUAGUUUUUUGGUACAAAAUUAUUAUGGUUUUGAUUAAUUUGAUUACGAAAAAUUUCCUUAAUUUCGACAGAGAAUUUCAAGCAAAUGUUGCACAGCAUUUAGCUGUUUCUCUUUCAAUGAUGUCCAAUGAUUUUUCAAAAGAUUUCAUUUUGUUUAAGGACAAAAACAUUUUUGAAAACAUUUCUUUCUUUGUUGAUAAUACUUUCAAAGCAAUGCCAUUAGUUGAUUCAUUGUUUGAUGUUUGUUUGAAGGAUUUGAAUGAUUAUAAAACAAAUCCUCUCAAAACAAAGUAUUUGUUGGAAAGCCUUUCUUAUGUAACAAGAUUUACUUCAACAAAAAUUCCUGAAGAAAUCAUCAAAUUUUUGAAAAAUUUGAGUUUGGAAGAAAAAAGUGAAAUUUGGCCUUAUGGAAUUUUAGCUUUAACUGGAUGUUUGGAUGCAGAUAAUGGUCUUUUAAAGGUUAUGAUACCGAAGUUCUACAAGAAAUCGUUGAUUUACAGAAUUUUCCCAAUGUUGAAUUUAGUUUCAACAAAAAUUGGAAACAAAAAUUUGGCUUUGGCGAAUUUCGCAAUUUCUUUCGCGAAAUCUUUCGAUGUUUUUAGUAAUUUCGAUACCACUUAUUUCCUUGGAAUCAUCUUCGAGAUAAAAUCAAGUGAAAUAUUCGAUUUACUCAAAAAAGAACUACAAAACGCAAAAGAAAACAUUGAAAAAAUUGAAAGUCAAAAUUUCAUUGUCACGUUUUUUGUGGCGGUUUUUACGAGUGGAAUUCAGAACAAAUAUUUGAAGAAACUUGUUAAUGAUUACCUUAAUUUCCCACAGAUAAUUAACUUGUUUAGAUCCAACAAAUCAUAUGCAAAAUUCAUUUUUGAUCACGUGAAAUCUCCAGGACAAAUAAAAAUUUUGCAAAAAAUUGAAAUUCCUGGAGAAAUAAAUUUGAGUCUGAACUUGAUCAAAGAAAGCCCUGAACAAUAUACAGAACAAACAUCAAUCUUUGCUGCAAUGUUUUCUUACAAAAACAACUUGAAAUCGUUUGAAAAUUUGUUGAGAACUGAUUUCGGAUUCAAAGUAAAGAAAAAUCCACAACAAAAAGAUUUUUCUAUUAAAAUCAAAAUCGGUUUUGACAAUUUAUCGUUGGAGAAUGACUUGACUGUUUGGCCAGAAUUACAAACAGCGAAAAUAGAAUAUUUAUCGUCAAAAAUGACAAAAAUUUCCAAUUUACAACUUUUGAAUUUGAUGAAAACUCCGAAACAAGAUGUCGACCAAAAAUUUUUAGUCAAAAUCAACAAAAUUUUAACGAAUAUCUUUAAUUCAACAGAAGAUGUCAAAGCAAAUGUCUUGAAAACAGUUGAUAACCAAGUGAAAUUCUCAGGAGAUAUGAAAGAAAUGUUUAUUUUGACUUUGAUUUGCGAAGAAUACAAAAAUGCUUUGAAUGGAUUCCAAAUCUUUAAUUACACAAUUCCUCCGACUUUUCCUAUUAUUUAUCAUUUGACUUUGAAAACUUUGAGAAAAUUGGGAUCAGAAGUUUUGGAUGAAACUUUGGAAAUAAAUCACGAAAAACAAAUAGAAAAAUCAAAGUUUUUAUUCCAAAAUCAACUUCAAAAAAUUCAAGAUGACCUCACUUUUGAAAAAGUGACUCCCGAAAAUCUGAAAAACUUUAUUUUGUUUAAUAUUUCUUUGGAAGGCUUUAAUUCAUCAAAAGUUGUUCAAUUACUUAAUGCAGCAUUAAGAUUAUCAACUUCUGACAUUUUAUUGUCACUUUUGUAUAAGACACAAAUUCCAUUAAAUUGGAAUGUUCCUUUUGAUUGGUCCAUUUUGUUUUUGAACAAGAGAAACAACGUUGGAUUCAUUUCUUCUGCUUUUUAUUUGGCAAUGCCUGAAGAUUUUGUGCCAACAGAUCAUUUGCCAUCAAUUGACAAAUUUAAACAGUUCUUGACUCGAAUAUCUGAAAAUCCAAUUAUUAAACAAUUAUCGGAAGCUGAUAAAACAGAUUUCGAAAACUCAGAAAAAUUCAAAAAAUCUGUUUUAAAUGGUAAAAAAGUGACAAUAAAACCGCUUUCAAUUUCAAACGACCAAGUAUUUGCAACUACAUGUUAUUUCAGUAAUUUAAGGAGUCCAUUAGUUAAAGAGAACCUGAACUUGAUAAAUGUUGUUUGUUCGAUCAAAUCUCCACGAGAAAACACGAUUAGUUUGGAUGGAAGAUUAAGUAAUGGAAAAUCUGUUCAUUAUUUACUUUCUUUCCGAUCGAAUUUCAAUCCUUCUUUUUAUGUUUUCUGCCAAACAAUAUCAAGAAUAUUAAAGAAAUGUCCUGCAUCAUCAAAUAGAAACAUGAUAAUUAGUUCUUGUCCUUUCUUGAGUUGCCAAGAUUUCACUUUGAUUUUGACUGACGGAAAACCAAUGAUUAGUAAAACUUGUAUGAUGAAACAACAACCUGCAAAAGUCAGAAAGAUCCAAAACAUUAAGACAUUCACUGAUACAAAAGAAAAAUGUGAAUGGCAGAGGUUGUUGAUAAAUCGUUAUGCGGCUUUGUCAAUUUUACAAUAUGUGGUCACUUCACCUGUAAUAAAUCCACUUAAUAUUUACAUUGAUUUCAGCUCUGCAUCAUUGUUUGUCAAUGAUUUGAAGAUCAAUGGUGAGAAAGAAGAAGAUUUCGUGUUUCCCAAACUGACUGGACAUAUUAGAAAGUAUUUAGGAGUUUUCGACGGACAAAUGACAAUUGCUAUGUGUUCUGCUGCUGUUUCUAUGAUGAUGUUCACUCCAAAAAUCAAAGUUUUGGCUCAUUCUUUGAUGAAUUUCUCAGUGGAAAGCACUGAAUUAAUUGAAGCUGCUUUGGAUGACAUUGGAAACUUCUCUGAAGAGAACUACAGUGAGUCUUAUUCAAGAAUACAAAAACUUAUUCAACAAGGAAUGAAUGAAUCUAUAGAUUAUUCAAUUCCUUGGCUUUAA